AUGGCACCGGCACCGGCACCGGCACCGGGACUAGGCGGCUCCUCCUCGCCCCGGUCACAUGAGGCGGCCCCGGCCGCUCAGAUCCGGCCCGGGCGGAGCCACGGUCCCCGCGGGCGGAGCGGGCUGGCCCCGCCGGCCCCGGCCCCGCCAGGGUCCCGCCCCGGGAGCGGAGCUGCGGCCGGGGGUGCCCGGGCCGGGGUGUCCCCGCCAUGCCAGGGUCCCGCUGCCCGCGCCCGGCUGCCGGUGCUGCGCUGGCUCCCGCGGUACUCCCGGGCCUGGCUGCCGCUGGACCUGCUGGCCGGGCUGGCCGUGGGCCUGACAGCCGUGCCGCAGGCGCUGGCCUACGCCGAGCUGGCCGGGCUGCCGCUGCAGUAUGGCCUCUAUUCCUCCUUCAUGGGCUGCUUCGUCUACUUCUUCCUGGGCACUGCCAAGGACGUGACUCUGGGUCCCACGGCCAUCAUGUCACUGCUCGUCUCCUCCUACGCAUUCCACGAGCCUGUCUAUGCCGUCCUGCUCGCCUUCCUCUCCGGCUGCAUCCAGCUGGCCAUGGGGCUCCUGCACCUCGGAUUCCUUCUGGAUUUCAUUUCCUGCCCUGUCAUUAAAGGGUUCACAUUGGCUGCUUCCAUCACCAUUAGCUUCAACCAGAUCAAGAACAUCCUGGGGCUGCAGGGGAUCCCGCGGCAGUUCUUCCUGCAGGUGUAUGAGACUCUGCGGAGGAUUGGGGAGACCAGGGCUGGGGACGCUGUGCUGGGGCUGGCCUGCCUGGCCGCGCUGGCAGCGCUCCGGGCCAUGAAGAGCCGCCUGCCCCGAGCUGCCUCUGCGGAGCCUCUGGCUGCCAGGAUCAGCUGCCAGAUCGUCUGGAUCUCUGCCACAGCACGCAACGCCCUCGUCGUCCUGUUUGCUGGUCUGGUUGCUUACUCCUUCGAGGUGAUGGGCUCCCAGCCCCUCACGCUCACCGGCAGCAUCCCCCGGGGCCUCCCUGCCUUCCGGCCACCUCACUUCUCCACGGCAGCGCCCAACGGCACCGUCCCCUUCGGGAGCAUGGUGCAGGACAUGGGGGUCGGGCUGGCCGUGGUCCCGCUCAUGGGCCUGCUGGAGACCAUCGCCAUUGCCAAGGCUUUUGCCUCGCAGAAUGGUUACAGGAUUGACCCCAACCAGGAGCUGCUGGCUCUGGGCGUUGCCAACAUCCUGGGCUCCUUCGUCUCAUCAUAUCCCAUCACGGGCAGCUUCGGCCGGACAGCGGUGAAUGCGCAGUCAGGGGUCUGCACCCCCGCGGGAGGGCUCGUCACAGGUGCCCUGGUCCUGCUCUCGCUGGCCUACCUCACCUCACUCUUCUACUACAUCCCCAGGGCGGCGCUGGCCGCCGUCAUCAUCUCGGCCGUGGUGCCCAUGUUCGAUGCUGGGAUCUUCAGGACGCUCUGGCGGGUUAAGAGGCUGGACCUUGUGCCCCUCUGCGUGACGUUCCUGUUCUGCUUCUGGGAGGUGCAGUAUGGAAUUGUGGCUGGGGUUCUGGUCUCAGGGAUUCUCCUGCUCUACUCCAUUGCCAGGCCCCCAAUAAAGGUGUCGGAGGGGGACGUGCUCCUCGUGCAGCCGGGGAGCAGCCUGCACUUCCCAGCCAUCGAGCACCUCCGGGACACCGUGUGCAGCCAUGCUCUGGCAGCAUCUCCACCACGCUCCGUCAUCCUGGACUGCUGCCACGUCAGCAGCAUUGAUUACACGGUGGUGGUGGGGCUGGCAGAGCUGCUGCAGGAGCUGCGCAAGCACGGCCUCUCACUGGCCUUCUGUGGCCUGAAGGACCCUGUUAUCCAAGUCCUCCUGUCUGCUGACUUAGAAGGAUUCCAGCAUUUCUCCAGCCGGGAGGAGGCAGAGCGGUGCAGAGGAGCAGAGCCGUGGGACAGCAGGACCGACCCCUUCAGCGGCACCACUGAGAGCUCGGGGCUCAUCCAGUGAGUCGAGGAGUCACCAUUUGUGCUGGGCUUCAACAUCCUGUGACACCCCAGUGACAUCAACACCCUCUGUGGGAGCCACCUGCCCCUGCCCAGCUCCUGGGUGGCUGGGGAUGGACUGUCCUGGUGUCCCACACCAGGGAGGGCAGAGCAGCACCAGCCUGACCCCACAGAAGCUGGGGUGAGCA